AUGGGUACCCAUGGUUGGUGCUCGGCCACGCCGUUAUCCAGUGCGCGACCACAGUCUACUGGCGUCUUAGCAGACGACUGCACUAUGGAAACACUCAGUAGUCACGCCAUGCGAGCUCUGAGAAGCCCCGCUUGCGCCAGUGUAGGCCAUGUUGGCAAAUCUCAUCGCCGGGAUGGCUUGCGGGUCUCUAGGGAGCCCCGGCGGUUGCCGGGAGCGGCUUCUCAGCUGCUAAAAUCAGGCGUGCCUCAACGUAUAAAUGAAUGCCCCGCAGAUCCAAAAAUUGAGAUCAGUGUGCCCAGACAGGAAGAGGAAUCGCAGUUAGCUCAAGGCUUUGCGGCACGUCCAGAAUUGCAAAGGUCACAUUCAACGCCCAUUGCUGUGCACAGUCAAAAUUCUGUUGGGAUUCAGAAGGCUUCUCACGCCACCCAAAUGCAAGCGCAAGUGCGAGAAGCACGGCACACGAGAAAUGAGCAAAUUAUAAAUCAAAAUGUGGAGGUGGAGGUGGUGGGUGCAGAGGCAGCCACUCAGGAAGCAAAGCCACAUGAAAUGUUUAGGCAGCCAGAGACGCACACCAUCACCGAGGAGCAACUGAUCAAUGAGGUGCGGGGGAUUUAUACUGGACUUGUCAUGGUGGAAAAGAAGUGCAUCGAAAUCGACAGACAACAGGCGCAGUCAAAAGCAGAACUAUCUCAGGCUCAGUGGCAGACAUUCGUUUCGCUACACAGAACACUACUCUAUGAACAUCAUGACUUCUUCCUCGCCUCUCAACACCCAUCAGCUGGUCCUAUUCUUAGGGACUUAGCUGACAAGUACGCGAUGCCGGCGCGCAUGUGGCGUUAUGGAGUGCACUCAUUCUUAGAGCUGUUGCGUCAGAAACUCCCCGGCUCGAUGGAGUAUAUGCUCGGCUUCAUCUACCUUUCGUAUUCAAUGAUAACAUUGCUGCUGGAAAGUGUGCCAUAUUUCAGAGAGACAUGGAUCGAGUGUCUAGGUGACUUGGCACGGUACCGAAUGGCCGUGGAAGAAUUCGAUAAAAAGGACCGCGAACUCUGGGCAGGGGUGUCGAGGUAUUGGUAUAACCAGGACGCAGCUCAAAGUCCAGAAAAUGGCCGUAUCCAGCAUCAUCUUGCUGUUUUAGCUCGACCAGAUAUCCUUCUGCAGCUUUUUCACUACACGAAAGCAUUGAUCAGCAUGCGUGCAUUCCCAAAUGCUCUCGAUAGCAUGAUUCAGUUAGUCAGUCCUCUUAUGAACAUUAAUGUGCCGGCCCAGAGGGAAGGGUUGGUUACUUCCUUCGUGACUACUCACGGUGCCCUUUUCAUGCAAGCUCCGGUUGAGGAAUUCGUCUCUCGGGCGAAUGUGUUUCUUACUACUCUACACAAGGAGAUUGGCCGGGUAGGUUGGGACAGCCAGCAAGGUGUGCAAAUCAUAUCUUGCAAUAUCGCUGCAAUAUUUCAAUAUGGGAGUAAAAAUGCAGUGGUAGAAACAGAUUUCACUUUGAAGUUGCGCAAUCCUACGGCAGAAGAUCGCCUAGCGGCAAUGAAAUGGGCAUCUAGUGCAUCUAAUGCAUUCAAUGCAUCCAAUGCAUCCAAUGCACCCAUCCAUGCUACAUACAGUGAUAUCUCGUCCCAGCUUGCAUUCCGGGCAAGCUCUCUCACGUUUCACACAUUAAUCGUCAUGCUAGGCGGAAUUGGCGAUCCAAAUAUGUACCCGAGUGUGCAUAUUUCUAUAGCAUUUGUGUGGUGUCUCACACUCAACCCAGCUGCUAUACAACGACUAGAACCGCUAGUUCCGUGGUCGCUACUUGCAAAUUAUUUGAACACUUUGUUCCGUCCCGACACGAUCAUUUCGAAGAUCGAAGACGAAUCAUUCCCGCUUCUUGACGACUCAACUACACACCAGCUACCGGAGGACUUUUUGAUAAGAGGACAAGCAUGGAGCCGGCUUUACUACCCAGAAAGCUUUUUUGAGGGGGCUCCUACGGAAGACGACAUGCCAUCAACAGAAAAACCGUCGACAGUGAUUCCUAGAAGCCAUCGAUGUCUUUGGCUGGGAGUACGGAUUGCAACUUUCACCCGCUGGAUGACAUACGAUCAGACGCGACGGUUCACACCCACCCAACUAGCUAUUGAAUUCGCGCCAAUCGCAGAAUCCCCCGCUUGCCUCUAUGGCAAUCCUUACUCACUAGGGACUGAGAUAUCACCUUCCUCCGAUCAGGAGAUGCUGGAAGUUUGA